AUGUCUAGCUGUCAAGUAUGCAACUCUCCACCAGCCAGCUAUCACUUUGGAGCAAUCACUUGUCGAGCAUGUGCCGCAUUCUUUCGAAGAUAUGUGAACACAAAAAAGUCAUUGAUAUACUGCAACUGUUUCAUGAGAAAAGUAGACACAUACUCAUGUAGAUUCUGUCGGAUGGAAAAGUGUAUUGCAGUUGGAAUGCAGAUUUCUCAAGUACAAGGACCACGGGAUCCAAAUAAUCAGCUGAAAAGAAAGAUGAUGGAAAAUCCCUUAAGCUGUGAGGGCCUCUCGAUAGAACACGGAAUCAAGCUCAAGAAUUUAGAACUGAUCAGCCGAGCCUGCAACAACUACCGUAACCUGGAGCUUUCAAGAAAUACAAUAUUCAAUAGAAGUGAAAAUAGAAUCAAUGUUGAAUUAGACCUUCGCGAUUUCGCUUCGGAAAUUAUGCUUGAUGUGAAAUUACAAUACAAAUUCUGUGAGCUUGCAUUCCGAGAAUUCCACAAUCUAACUCCACAAGAUAAGAAAGUCAUAUUUUAUAACUGUUGUAUUCGAUGGAAUAUAUUCGAGCUGUCAAUAUACUCUACUAAAUACAACAACACUACCCAGUUUUACUCUCCUUCCGGUGCUGUCACUAAACCAGUUCGAGAAUUUUAUAAAAGUGAUCCGAGGGUGAAGUUGAGUGGAGAAGAAAUCACAGAAGUUUUCGGUCCUAUUUGGAGGUUUCAUUUUGAAAAAGUGAUAGGUCCAUUGGUUGAAUUGAAAUUAGACGAAGUGGAGAAUAUGGCAUUGUUCGGAUUGUUGCUUUGGGAUCCAGGUUACGCCAAUCUGAGUGUUGAGUUAGCCGAGAGAUGCCAUGCGCUGCGGAAGAUGAUUUUGAGAGAGUUGAAAGUCUAUUAUGAAGAGCAUGAUACAAAUCCAGGAAGAUAUUUUGAGACAUUGGAUUCUUUGAAUUUGAUUGAAAAAUCCGAAGAAAGAUGUCGUCGAGAGAUUGAACUGUGCGGAGUGUACAACAUUGAAAUUGACCAAGAGAGACGGAAUAUGAUCUUAUGGGAGAAGUACUAA